CACUGAUCAAAAACAGGGACGUACCAAAUCAAGUUCAAUACUAAAAUAGGAUUGUAUUAAACAGGUUUUUCAAAAUUUGUGAGCGGAUACAUAGUCGUCUGGAUUGAAUUUAAUAUUAAUCAGCCAAGAAGCGUGGAUUCCUUCUUUUGGCCUCAGACGUCUGCUUAGUGUGAGCAGAUACUUCAGUCCGAAGGUCUGUCUAGAGAAGAGUGCCUUUCUGUGUCGUUCGUUUUUAGAUAAUCAACAAAAUGGCUGCAGUAUGCAAAUGGUUGGGUCUCCACUUAUGCUGUGCGACCGCGGGAAUUAGGAAGAAUCGACUGCGUCCAGAGGGUCUAGAAACAUUUGACGCAUUAAUAGUAUGGCGAGAGAGUCCCAAAGAAAAAAGUGGGAGUUGUUCGUAUAAUCUGAUCUUGAAGCCAGCACGCACAGACUCACCACGUCCACCCUCACCACCAAAGGACAAAGAAGUCUCGUUAGAAGAAUGGCAAAAGAAAAUUGAUGAGGCCACAGAGAGAAGAGAGAGAUUGGCGCAAGAGAAGAAAGAGAAAAUAGCGGAAGAGUUGACCAAGCUUGAAGUGGCGGCAAAGGCACGGGAACAAGAGGAAGAAGAGCUUAAAAAACGUACCGCCGAAACUGUUCAACAGAAACAGGAGCGUGCAGAAAAAAAACGGCAAGAGCAUAUCAAAGGAAUACAGGAAAGCAUCCGGGGACAUUGUAUGAAGAUCGAAGUCAUUGGUCAAACUUCUGCGCUGUACAUCGCCAAGCUUCGGGAGAAAUCACAGCAGAAGCUGGACAAUGCUGAAAGGCGGCGAAACGAAAUCAUCGAAGAUAUCCAACAGAAUAUCAAGGAGCAUGAGAAUCACAUUGUCGAAGUGAAGAAAGCCUAUGAAGAACAGCAAAACCAGAAGAAGGAUGAAUAUUAUUCGAAAAUGGAGACGGCUGUCCAUAACCGAGAAAAGAAACUUAACGAGUUAUUCGAAAAACUGAAGGACCAUGAUGAGCAUGCUAAGAAUGUGCGCCAGACUGCCAUUAAUCGCCAGUCGAGCGGCGACGAUAAGGCCGAGGCAAUGGAAACCAGUUAGACAGGAAACAACGUUGUGCUCGGACGAUUAGAUGCAAACAUGUUCUGUUUACAUUUCGGACCAAAUCCCAUACUGUUCACUUAUGUGCUGUGUUCAUUUCUACGUAGUGUCAAUCCCUGUGUGUCGAUUGUGCCGGUCUUAGCGUGGCGAAUUCGGAUAUCAUCCAAAGAAGUGUGUUCAUUAUCAUAAUGGGAGAAAAUCUUGUUCAAAGACUCUCGUGGAUUAUUCCUUCUUUAUGUCAUAUUGGAAACAAACUUCUGAACAUUCAAAAUGUUGUCAUGGUCAUGUUUAUUACAAUGUAUAUAUGAAUGUCUUGAAUCUCGAAUCAAUAAAACCUAUGUGACUGAGGCCUUUUGAGAAAAGUUUGUUUUUCUCAAAAGCUGGCCAAAACGUGGUACAUCUAAUGGCUGAUGAAAGCAUGUCUAAGAAUUUCGAAAUACUGGGUGAAUCGAUCAUGAGGAUUUCGAUAGAUUUCAACCAGAUCUUGGACACGCUGUUGCACAAUUUGGCCGGAGGUGCCCAUAAUCUUAUGGGUUCAGCGAACGACCAUCAAAAAUCUGUUUCGUGAUGGAGCAUCGUUCAGUGUAUAAAUGGUGUUCACGGCGGAGUUUUAUGGCAACCUCGUUCAAUUUGUAGCGGAGAGAUCAUCCUUUGAUGUUGCUCCUUUUUUUGAUUCGACCCACUUUGCCGACUCCGAGAACUUCUUGAAAUUUGUAAGAUAUCGUAGCCAACUUAGCAGUGUAUUUAGCCAUUUUAUUAGCAUUCCAUAUUCUCACCGCCAACCCUUUGUCGGCUGCACUGCCAUCUUUUGUCGACUUUGCAUGAUAAAAACGACCAACUUCCGUGGCGCUAUAACCUGAAACUUGAAUGCCAUUUUUGAACUGUGCUGCCUCUCCAUUUGUGUAUUAUCUAUAUAGUUGUAUGUGACGAUCUUAUGGGUCGACAGUGUUCAUGUAGUUUAUUUACUUGCAUUACUUUUAAAAUGUAGCCAACAUUUAGUAGCAGCCUGUUUCUCAUUUAUACUUUUCUACAAUUUCCGUUUGCGAGUUCUGUUCCGACAUAGCUUAUGCAUUUUGAAAAGACGGACUGAAUGAAUCUCAAAGGUUUGUAUUGAUGACCCGUUGCAGCACAGUUUCAUUUGAUUGUUUUUUUACUCGCCACCAAAGUUGUCUUUGCAUGUUUUUUUUACAUUUGUGUACCAAUAGUAAUUUGCGAAUAGUUGAAAUUGACAAUCCUUCCGUAUGAAACCAAGCACCAAAUCUGAGUUGUUUGAACAGUGCCAGUGCUUAUGAGUUGUGUCCGGUAAUUGACUGACUAGACAAGAGAUGCAACUCUGCACCUGGGUGAGCCAGUUUUUCCAUAAUCAACUUAUCAAGCCUCUCGUCUGUCAGCCAUGUUGUCAGGUUUUUGAAGUUGAGUUAUUGCUGACAGUUGAAAGAAUAACACGUUUAUAAUGUUUGUUUGGACAAAAUUGCCUUAUUAAUAUUAGUGAUUUUACAGUAUUCAAAUAAAAAUACUUACAGACCUGCCAUCAGGUACACUUUUGGAGUAUUAUAACCAUUUGACCAACGUUUAUGAAAAAAAUUCUCCUUGACUGCUUGAUUCUGGAAAGGAAAUGCAUUGGAGUACACACUGAGUGUUGGUAGAUAUCAACUAGAUACUCCAAAAUUGGGAAAAUAUGGCUCAAGAUAAUCCAAAAUGUAAUAGAAAUACUACAUAUUUUGAGGUUGGCAGGUCUGUACCAGAGCUCGGGGUGUACAAUGUAUGUACUUGUCAACCCUCGGUCCAUGCACUGUUCAAGCAAGCCAGUUCUUGUACAGCAAUAUGUGUUGUCAUGUACUUUUGAAGAAAACAAAGGUAUAAUCUUAAAAAGUUAUAAUCGUAAGAAGCUGUUUGGUGCUUUGCAUUUCUUCCUGCCCGUCAUACUUAAAUUCUUGUUUGAAUGAAAGGGUCACUUUAUACAAAGAGCACCAUAAUAUUAAAAAGCAUCAAAAUGAUAGUUAUGUACUUACUUACUUUGCCCUUCCAUCCUCCGAGAGCUGAGGCCAUUAACAUCUUCCCCCAAAAUGAUAGUUACUCCACAUUAAUUUGUUUCUAGUACUUAAGAGUAGGAGUGUUUUGAUGUAAUAUCGGAUCAGAAAGAGCAUAUUAUUCUCAAGUAAUUUCAAUGAUAUACCCUUUGAAUAUAAUAUUCCCCAUAAAAAUCAAAUUGAAAUAGACAAACCAUACCAUACUCCUACUUAUAUAAAUAGAUUGUUCAAGUUAAUAGUUCUGUUAUUGCUGUUUGUUCCAAUCAAGCCAUAGUGUGUUCUCAUUUCAAGAGUGAGCAUAAAUUUUUUUCUGUUGCAUUUAUUUCUUGUACACUUGUAACAAUAAUAAUUUUGCAGGCGUGUACCGACUAUACAGAUUACUGUUAUGAAUUCAAAUAAAGGUAUGGUUUGCAUGGUAA